UAUUUAAGACGAGUGUCAACCAAUCCGGGUCUCUCGUUUUCAACUAAAGCAUGCCAUCUUGGUUGGUUCUCCGGCGAUCUCCACCCCCCAUGCGUUGUAUGGCCAUAACCCAACUCCGCCGUUUUAGCCAUUUAAAUGGAACUGAGGUUAAGCGGGAUCCAGAAAGCACUCCAAUAUCUUUUCUCAAAUGGGUUGGUGGAAUCAUUACCAGUUCCACUUUAGCUUUCGCAUGUUACUCCUAUUCUUCCUACAAUUACCCAUCUUUGUCUUUUUCUGACACAUCACAGUCUCUUGACCAUCAUCAACCAAAGUAUCUAUUUGGAGAUGCUUACAGAAGAAAAGUAUUCUUUAAAUAUGAAAAGCGUAUUAGGAUGCGAAGUCCUCCUGAAAAGGUGUUUGAGUACUUUGCAUCUUUUGAAGCCCAUGAUGGAGAAAUAUUUAUGACACCAGCAGAUCUAAUGAGAGCAGUUGUUCCUGUGUUCCCUCCAUCCGAAUCACACCUCGUGAGAGAUGGAUAUCUCAGAGGUGAAAGAAAUCCGGGUGAACUGCGAUGUGCCCCAUCAAAAUUUUUCAUGCUUUUUGACACAAACAGUGAUGGCCGCGUAUCUUUCAAAGAGUAUAUAUUCUUUGUCACCCUGCUGAGUAUCCCUGAAUCGAGUUUUUCUGUGGCAUUCAAGAUGUUUGACCUUGACUGUAACGGAGAGAUAAAUAUUUAUGAAUUCAAGAAAGUAAUGACCUUGAUGCGAGCUCACAACAGGCAAGGUGCUCAUCACAGUGAUGGACUUCGAGGAGGGCAUAAUUUAGGUGGUCAUAUAGACAGUGGAGGCCUAUUACAAGACUUCUUUGGUGAAGAUGGAAAGAAACGCCUCCAAUAUGAUACAUUUGUCCAAUUCUUGAGAGAUCUUCAUGAAGAAAUGCUAAAAUUGGAGUUUGCCCACUAUGAUUACAAGUUUCGGGGGACCAUUUCAGCAAAGGAUUUUGCCCUGUCCAUGGUUGCUUCUGCUGAUUUGAAGUACUUAAACAAGUUGCUUGAUCGAGUUGAUGAUAUAGAUAAUGAACCACAACUAAGUCAUAUUCGGAUUUCAUUUGAGGAAUUUAAAAGUUUUGCUGAGCUGCGCAAGAAGUUGCAACCAUUUUCACUGGCACUUUUCUGUUUUGGGCAAGUGAAUGGUCUUUUGUCUAGAAGUGAUUUUAAAAGAGCUGCUUCUCAAGUAUGUGGAGUCUCUCUCACUGAUAACAUGAUAGAACUUGUCUUUCAUGUUUUCGAUACAAAUUGUGAUGGAAGUUUAAGCUCAGACGAGUUUAUUCGAGUUUUAGAGAAGCGAGCACGGGAUAUUGCUGAGCCAACCGAAGCAGGUAUCCUUAACUUUAUGUCUUGUCGUGGGAAUUGCACACGAAACUACAAAUCAUACUUGCUUUCUUCAUGGUCAACCUCUUGUUGAUGGGAUGGGAUGAGGACCUACAGGACUAUUGGUGAAGUCAUAUCUACUUGAAUGGUAUCCUGGAUAUUUAUUUAUUUUUGUUCAAGUAAACCGUAUGAAGGGAUCUUUGGCACAACAAGAACUGGCGUGUUUUACGGUUCAAGUCAUGAAAACAACUCUGGCAAAUAGCAAAAAGGUUACGUCGCCUACAGACUUAAUGUGGUCUGCACUUCCCUGAACCUUGUGCAUGGGGGAGAGUUUAGACCACCGGGUGGCCUUUAAAUAAACUGUAUCAAUAGCGACAAACAACUGAUGUCUUCUGCUACUUAUUUCCAGAAAAAUUGUUCGUAACGUUAGGGUUUGAUCCUUGGUAGUUUAUAAAAGGCCAAGUAUGAAACUGUAGCAGGAAGUCUUUGAGGUGUUGUACCUGGAUAGACUUCGAAAUUGUACAUAUAAUUAUGUCGCCAUUAUGAGUGUAACAUGCUGCAAGUUUGAUGUUAUUCAAA